AUCGUGGUUACUCCGGUAUGAUGGACUACACGUGGAACUAAUGUAAACACAUUGGCAUUUGACUUGUGAAAAUGACAGAAGAAACAAAUGGUUUAGAGACAAAAGUAGAAAAUAUGACUACCAAAAAUUUGGAAGAGGAUGUUGUCAAUCCAUGGGAAGUGGCGAGUUCUUCAGACAAAGGAGUAGAUUAUGAUAAACUGAUCAAGAGAUUUGGAAGUUCAAAGGUUGAUGAGGAACUCAUAAAAAGAAUAGAAAAUGUUACUGGAAAACCAGCUCAUCAUUUUCUGAAAAGAGGAGUAUUUUUCUCUCAGAGAGAUAUGCACCAGAUAUUAAAUCUUGUUGAACAGAAGAAACCAUUUUACCUCUAUACAGGUCGUGGGCCUUCAUCUGAAGCAAUGCAUCUUGGACAUUUAAUACCAUUUAUCUUUACAAAAUGGCUUCAAGAAGCAUUUGAUGUUCCAUUAGUUGUUCAGUUGACAGAUGAUGAAAAGUUUUUAUGGAAGGAUCUUACUUUAGAAGAAGCUAACAGACUUUCCUUUGAAAAUGCCAAAGAUAUAAUUGCCUUAGGUUUUGAUGUUGAGAAAACCUUUAUAUUUAGUGAUUUAGAAUAUAUAACACAAAGUCCUGCUUUUUAUAGAAAUAUGUUAAGAACGCAGAAGUUAGUGACAUAUAAUCAAGUGAAGGGUAUAUUUGGUUUUGAUGACAGUACAUGUAUAGGAAAGAUCAGUUUUCCUUCCAUUCAGGCAGCACCCAGCUUCAGUUCAUCAUUUCCACAGAUAUUCAACAACAAAACUAAUAUUCCAUGUCUCAUCCCUUGUGCAAUAGAUCAGGAUCCAUACUUCAGAAUGACCAGAGAUGUAGCACCAAGAUUGGGCUAUUCAAAGCCAGCUUUAAUGCACUCUACUUUCUUCCCAGCCCUACAAGGAGCACAAACUAAAAUGAGUGCAAGUGACCCCAAUUCAUCUAUUUUCUUAACAGAUACUGACAAGCAAAUUAAGACCAAGAUAAAUAAAUAUGCAUUCUCUGGUGGUGGCACAACAGUAGAAGAACACAAAGAGAAGGGAGGUAACUGUGAUGUGGAUGUUUCUUACCAGUACUUAACAUUUUUCUUAGAAGAUGACAACAGACUAGAGGAAAUUAGAAAAACUUACACAAGUGGAGAACUUUUAACGGGUUACUUAAAGAAAGAACUGAUAGAAAUAUUACAGAAAAUAGUAGGUGAACAUAGACAAAGAAGGUCCCAGCUGACAGAUGACAUUGUUAAACAAUUUAUGACUCCUAGAAAAUUGAAAUUUGAUUAUUGACCAUGUGUGUUAUUUGUGUCUAUUUAUUUUUUGAUAGAACUUUGUAAUAGGGAAAUGAAAUAACAUAGGUUAGUUUUGGAUGGUGUAUAAUCUUCCAUACUAAAACUAUCAAAACCCUUCAAACAGAUUUGUCUUUAUUUAUUUCAAUCUGAAGGCCUUAUAAAUUAAUCAUUAAUUAUUUUCUGCUUUUCAUUAGUUUCUGUUUAACUGAUAUCCAAAAAAUCUAUCAUAUCAGCUGUAUUCAUUAGAAACAUGUGCAUCUGCAGGUUUUACUGGAUUGAUUUAUGUUUAAAGUAAGGUUAACAUCAUCUUUACAAGAAUCAUUGUUUUAUGAAUAAGAUAAUUGACCUUUAAAGAAGAUAUUCUGAAACAGCUUACCAACUUUACCAAAAAUGGACAUGAUGGUUCAAGAAAUAUCUUUAAUAAUUGAUAUGUUGUCUUUUAUGAUUAUUUUGAUUUUUAGAAGUAUUCAAAAUUCCAUUGGAAUUGUAUGAAAAUAAAUAUAUGAAUAAUCUUCA